GCAAUGGCGGGCUUGAGCUUGGGCGAGGGCGCAUUGUUCUCCGCCUCGACGCAUCGCACUGGUCGAAGAAGAUCGAUUAUUUCCGCGAAAUCUGGCUCUAGCUUCACGAUCGCCGCUGAGAGGAGCAAGAUUUCGGGGAUUGAAAAGAUUCAGGGCGGGAAGCGGCUCCAAACGCAGGUAUCUCCCGUGGCGCCUUCUGUGACAACGCUCCGAUCGCUGGAUUGGGACCGAGAUCGCUUCGAUAUCGAGUUUGGAUUGCAAAAUGGAACAACGUAUAAUUCCUACAUCAUCGAGGGAGACCAGCUUGCGAUCAUCGACGCGUCACACGAGAAGUUUCGGUUCCAGUACCUUGCAGCACUCAAGGAACAGAUCGAUCCGGCCACCAUCAAUUACGUAAUCGCGAAUCACACGGAGCCCGACCACAGUGGCCUUAUUCCAGAAAUUCUCAAGCUCGCGCCGGAUGCUGUCGUCGUUGGGUCCAAAGUUUGCAUACAGUUCUUGCAGAACCUUGUUCUCACCCCGUUCAAGAGCAUGGUCGUAAAGGGAGGGGAGAAGCUCGAUCUGGGAAAAGGUCAUGUCUUGGAGUUUGUGAUGGCUCCUAAUUUACAUUGGCCGGACACCAUGUUUACCUUCGAUCAUGGUUCCAAAGUUCUUUUUACGUGCGAUGCAUUUGGAAUGCACUACUGUUCAACAGCGACUUACGAUGAGGAUCUCAUGACAAUCGAACCACACUAUCGGUUUUACUACGACUGUCUCAUGAAGCCGAAUGCUCGGUCUGUGUUAGUCGGGCUCAAGCGGGUGAAGGACCUGGAUUUCGCAGUAAUUGCAACGGGACACGGGCCUUUGCUGAGGUAUAAUGUUCCAGAGCUGAUGAGCAAAUAUGAAAACUGGAGCAAGCAGGCACUGGAAAAACAGCUAGCUAGUGUCGCUGUGCUUUACGUCUCGGAUUAUGGCUACAGCGAUCGACUCUCUCAGACAUUCGCUAGAGGCCUGACGAAGACGGAUACAGGAGCUCAGAUGAUUGACUUGAACUCGACAGAUUCGCAAGAGAUUGUAGAGAGCGUUGCUCGAAAUAGUGCGGUGUUCUUAAUGACGCCUCCAAGCACAGGACCUGCAAACGCAGCCAUCAGCACGCUCUACGCAGCGUUGAAAACAAAGAAGCCAGUUUUGAUAGCAGAAAGUUAUGGAGGCGACGAUGAGCCCGUUGAUACGAUUUUGCAACGUUUUGUGGAGCUGGGAAUUCCAACUCCUCUUCCUGCUUUAAGAGUCAAGGAAACUCCGACAGAAUCAACGUAUCAACAAUUUGAAGAAGCAGGCACGGACUUGGGACAACUGCUUUCUCAAAAGAAAGUCAUUGAAGCCAAAAAGACACAGAUGCCUGUGAAUGUUGCCAAGGCAAUAGCUCGAGUGUCAGGCGGGAUCUACGUCGUGACUGCCUUUAAAGGCUCAACAAAAGGAGCUAUGAUCGCAUCUUGGGUGUCCCAGGCUAGCUUCAAACCUCUAGGCAUUACCAUAGCAGUCGCCAAAGACAGAGCUAUCGAGUCUCUCAUGCAGGUUGGUGACAACUUCGUCCUCAACUGUUUGGAAGAAGGAAACUCCACAAAACUAAUGAAACACUUUCUAAAACGUUUUCCUCCUGGGGCCGAUCGCUUCGAAGGAGUGGAAUGGACUGUUGGAAAAAAUUCGUGUCCCAUCCUGGUGGAUGCUCUAGCUUAUCUCGAGUGCACAGUGGUGACUCGAAUGGAAGUGAGCGAUCACUGGAUCAUCUACGCUCACGCCACCGAGGGCAGUGUCUCAAAGCCAGACGCUAGAACUGCCGUGCACCACCGAAAGAUUGGAAACUACUACUGAUGGAGCGAUGCCGAGCGAAAGCCUGAUCAUAAAAUCAAGAGCAUUGGAGGAAUGACGAAAGCUUCGCUCACAGUGAGAAAUACUUUGAUCACAGUGAGAUAUUUUAUCGAAUAUGCUUGUCAAACAUGGUUGGUUGGUGUGAUCUCAGCAACCCAGGAAGGAGAAAGGAAGGAAGAAAGACGUACUUAACAUUCC